CACCUACUUAGUUUGUUUUGAGUAACUCAACCUUGACAGAGAUCAGAGAAUGAUGCCAGACUUCAUCACUUACACUAAAACAAUGAACAUUUUAUGGUUUCUAUUCAUCCUCACAGGGACCUGGGCUGAAGUUCCGCCAAUAGACAAGUAUGGGUUGAAGGGAGGUUUGGUGUGUCUGGCCGUUGCUGAAUCCCCUAGGGAGCAUGAACUUAAAUGGCAAUUCAAAAGUGAUGUAAUAGUUGAUAAUAAAGAGAUCUCUCCUCAAUACAAGGAGAAGGUGCAAUAUAACCCAGUGAACCACUCUCUGUGCAUUAAGAAUCUGAAGGAAACGGACAGUGGAAUUUACUAUCUGACUGUUGGAAAAUGGCAUCUAGAAACUCUUAUUGAGUACAAAGUAACAAUACAGGAAGCUGUUUCCAUACCAGUCAUGAAGGUGGUGUCUCUCUACUCCAACUCAAGUAGGGGACAAUGUAACAUCACAGUGAACUGUUCUGUUAAAGACGUCUGGGCAUUGUCUGUCUGUAACGGGCGACAGUGCACACUGUCACAACAGUCACUCACCGUAGUCAAUAUCACCAUCUCCAAAGACAACAGCACUAUCCAGUGCACAGGCAAAAAUCACGUCAGUGCAGAGACCAACUCACAACCCAUGAAGGACAUAUGCAUUAUGAAGGGUGGGAAAGAUUCGGAAUACCCAGUUGGCAUCAUUGUGGGCAGUGUUACUGGAUUGCUACUCAUUAUUGUGUUUGUUGGUAUACGAUGCAUCAAAUCAACCAGAAGAAGGGCCCGUAAAAACGAGCUGCCACUGCAGGUCAACCCAGUGAGCGCUCCACAAUGGGAGAGACCAAGACCACAAAACACAGGGGCUUCUGACGUAACAACUAUCUACGUCGCUAUAGGGAAACCAGGAGCUGCAGGAGUGGAGCUCCCGUCACCAGAAGAGAUGCCAGAGUCAGCGACAGUCUACAGCACUGUGCAGCAACCAGCUGCAGAAGAGUCUCACCUAGUGGACAAAGUGGGCGCUACAAAAGAAGACAGACCAGGGCCGCAGAGCCCUACAUCGAUCUACAGCACUAUACAGAAACCAGCAGCAGCACAGUGUUGCCCAGUGUACAAAUACGGGAAUAAUCUCAACAAACCAGACAGAGAUGCUCAAUAGGAGAGAAACUACCCCUCCGUCCCUCUCACAGUUACCCUGCUAUUACAUUUACUAAGACUUGACCCAUAGACUCAGAUAGUGAAAAGCAAAACAUGGAAAAUUGUGAACGAGGAAGAAUGAGGGGAAAUUGAAUAUAAAAAAAACAUUUACUUAUUUUGCUUAAUUAAUCAUUCCAUCAAUUAGCAAUGUACAUGCUUUAUUAAAAUACAUGUAUACAAAACAGCUGAAUAAAAAAAAUGGGAAUCCCGUGUUUGAUCCCAUCUUCAACCAACUGAAAAGAAGGUUGAGAUGACAGGCUCAACCAAACAAUAGCAAUAAAAAGACACGUACAAUCAAUCAACUGUAUAUCAUAUUUUUUUUGGUUAUCAUUUUUGUAAUAAGUACCAUAUCUAAUUGGCUAAAAUACACUAAAUGUAAAUCGCUGGUAAAUGACUGAAAUGUCCAAUGUAAAAGAUCGAUGAGAAAGCGCAUUUACAAAUAUCAAUAGAAAAGUUUCAAUCAAUUUCUGUAGGAUCUGUUACAUCUAGCUGGCUAUGUGGUAGAACUACACAGGUACUAUACAGGUAUGACAGAUUCAAUGAAACUAAUGUUCUAUGACUGAGUGGAAUUUCUUUGAAUUGCACUUAAUUCAAUUCUACUCCCUGCCACUCAAACUCAAAUUAUACAUCAUGUGGGGUGUGGCCAAUUCAAUUAGAAUUUCAACUCAUGAGUUGAAUGGGAGUCAAUUCCAAAGUUCAGAAUUGAGCCCAACCCUGGUGAGAAUGUGUUUGUUAUUGUGUAUUUGAAUAAAUGCUUUUGAGUGUACAAUGUA